AUGUGUGGCAUGCAGGGAGCAUUGGGAGGCCUUCGCUUUGUGCUGAAGCGGAGCAUAGCGCGCGUGCCACUGGUGGGGUGGGCGCUGCAGAUGCUGCACUUUGUGUUCAUCGACCGCUGCUGGCGCACGGACGAGGCGGGCAUGGGCGCCACGCUGCAACAGCUGAGGGCGUGUGCAGGGCAGCAGGACGGGCAGAAGAACGGGCAGCAGAAGCACAGGAGUGGUGGCUUCUGGCUCGCCAUCUUCCCUGAAGGCACCGACUUCACGUCAGAGUUUGCACGGGCGAGGGGCCUCCCAGUGCUGCAGCAUGUGCUGCUGCCUCGCACGCGUGGGACCUACUUGUGUCUGCACUCGCUGCACUCUGUCUUUGAUGCUCGUGAGCCCACACCUCCUGUGUCCACUCUUGCCACCAUCCACCUCUCUGCUGAUUCCCGCACUGCUUUUACGUCUACCAUGGUCUGGUCUGGACUCUGGACACUGAAAUACCGUAUUCCUUCUCGUCCCUUGGCAGUGAUUGACGUGACCGUGGCAUACGACAAGGGGAAAGGCGGCAUGCACGACCUGCUCAAGAUGGCCAUAGGGCACGGUCCAAGAAGGGUGUUCCUGCAGCUCAAGCUCCUCCCUGUGGGCGCGCCACUGGCAUUGAGUCAGCACUCGUUCAACGAGGCCAUGAUUGACAUUUAUUCUCGCAAGGAUGCUCUGCUCUCGCAUGCGUAUGCCAAGGGGACCAUGCCCCCCUCGUCCACACUAUGCUCCUUGCGCCCAGCAACCAGCAUAGGAUUCGCCUCUCUUGCUCUCAGUUUGUUGAUGACCAUUGCUGUUACUGUUUACCUUGGCACUUCCUUUGGAAAGUAA